UCAAGAAUUAAUUGAUCGUAUAGUGAUCAAGAUAACAAUUUAGUAAUCCUUUCAAGAACACGCCAAUUCGCUGAUUAAGUUUUAUGGUUAGUGUUUAGUCUUCUUUACUGUAAAUGGCGGUUAAGAAAACAGAAGAUCUCGAGAAUAAGCUUCUUCCACCAGAUGGGGGCUGGGGAAUUGUCGUAGCGUUGGCCGUUGCGACAGUAUUUGGUUCUAUAAUUGUACCCACUGGAGUUUUUGGGGUAGUAUACGGGCCGUUUCUCGCCACCAUCGGAGACGAAACAAGCGGAACAGCAAUAGUAAAUUCCGUGUUUAACACAGUGCUCUGUUUCACUGGGUUACCAGCAAACCAGCUUCUGCAGAGGACUUCGUAUCGUGUAGUCGGUCUACUGGGGGCUCUAUUGUACUUUUUGGGCAGUUUCUCGUGCAUAUUCGUUACGAGCCGAGCUCAACUGGUGAUCACAUGGGGAAUUUUGCAAGGCAUGGGGUUCGGUUUGAUGAUGCCGGCAGUUUUCACGGCCUUCAAUCGCUACUUUGAUACGAGGCGAAACGCGGCAAUGGCCAUGGCUCAAGUCCUAGUAGCUGCACUUAAUAUUUCCUUCCCGUUCUUAGCAACACUGUCAAUGGAUACCUUCGGAUUUAGAGGAACUGUUGCGCUUAUAUCCGCGUAUGGAUUACACUGUUUCCCAGCCAUGCUUAGUUUGCAACCAGUCGAGUGGUACAUGAAGAAGGAACCCUUGGAUGCAAAUUCGCAAAUGUACCAACUUAGCGGUAAUAACUUAGAGGAGAAUAAAGAGCCGGUACCAACACUGUGCACAUCGACGAGACGUGACAGAAAAUUACUCGAUGCAUGGAAAUCUGUGGAAAAGGCGUUGGAUUUGGGUCUAUUCAAACAGCCCUCAUUUGUUAAUAUAGUGUUAGGUUUAUCACUAUCGAUGACAUCUGAUUUAGCGUUUAUUUCCAUUUUUCCAUUGCUAUUAACCACUGCCGGUUUCAGUACAGAUGAAUUGACAUUAGUAAUGACUACAUACUUUACUGCAGACUUAAUUUCUAGAAUAUUUGUCUUUUUGUUAACUUCACGCAUCGACAUUAGUAGCCGAAAGUUAUUUCUUUUUGGAGCUUCAUUUUCGGCGAUAUUUCGCAUACUUUACGUUGUUGGGGACUCGUUUUGGUGGAUUGUUGUGAUAUCAGCUGUGCUUGGAUUUUUGCGUAGCUUCAUACAAAUCCCGUUACCUUUGGUUGUUGCAGAAGCCUUUCCAACAAGAUUCGUGACGGCCUUCUCUUUAUAUAUGGUGGUUUGUGGAUGUGUUGCUUUAUCCUUUGGACCUUUAAUGAGUUUCGUGAAGCAAACUACUGGAAGGCUGGAUAUGGUUGUCCAUCUUCUGACUUUAGCUCAUAUUUUAUGUGCAGUCCCAUGGUUAAUUGAGAUGGUAUACGCCAAAUUUGUUAGAAAAUGAAUGAUUAAUUUACACGGUGUGCACCACAAGAAUCUAUAUAAGUUAAAAUAGGUAUUUAAUGUAUCAAUAAGGCGCGAAUAGAAUGUAAAAUUAUGAAUUCUGUAUUCACAAAAAAUGUGUCGCCGAAUAGUAGUCAGAAAUCGGACAGUCACCUUUUUAAUAAAAGGUGGGAAGUAAUCAUAUUAAUAGGUUGUCCUUUUAUCAAUCUACACAUUUUGGUUUGACCACGUAGGAUGGUUCAACUCUUGGAGCAGGGGAAGUGGAACAAUUCGAGGAAUCUUAAAGAUAAGAAAUAUGUCUAUUAAGCUGAAGAAACCGAAACAUCCGAAGUAGGUAUUCAAAAGGUUCAAAGAACUGUCUGACAGUGUUAAGAAUCGGAAUAAUUAAAAAAAAACGAAAGAAUACAAAGAAGCAGAUGAAUCUGAAGAAGAAAUGCAACUAAAGAAUUUCGAGAAUCGGGGGGCCCAUAAAACGAGACGAAACAAUCUAAAGAAAAGAAAAUCCCAAGUAAACGAUGAAUCCCAAGUGUAUGAAAUAUGUGAAUUAUAGGAAAAAUCGGAAAAAUUCUCAGAAUAUGACGAAUUUUAUGUAUCUGAACAUUGAGCAAUCGCCUGAUAGAUCUGAGAAUUUUGAAGAAUUUGGAAAAUAGAAGAAACUUAAAGAGUCUUACGACUGUUUUCUUAAAGAACAUGGUUUGUCUAAGUAAGGAUUGUUUUUAUUUCGUGUAUUGUGCGCAUGAACGUUCUUAUGUGUUUUUAAAAGUAUGUUUACGUUUAAAUAUAGUAACACGACUUCGGAAUACCGAAAUAGUU